AUGCCUCCUGGGGUCCCAUUUCUGCUGGGUCUCCUCACUUGCAGCUUCGCAGAUAACGACAGGCAGGUGGACUGGGAUCGAUUUGCAGAUGUUUUCCCGUUCCUGGUGUCAUUGCAGUUUGCGACAAGUUCUGGUACGACGCAUAUCUGCGGAGGGACCAUCAUUCGAGAUCGCUGGGUGCUGACUGCAGCACAUUGUUUGAGAACUGCGGAAAGCUCUGUUAAAGACUACCAGGUAUGGUCCCUGGCGUCCAGGGAGCAGAACACCUGGGAUAAAAAGGGGUUGGAUUUGAUCGUGGUGCACCCCGAAUAUGAUAUGGACAGCCUGGACAACGACAUCGCCUUGCUGCGCUUGCCCGAAUCCCUCCCAAACGUGCCGCUGGUGCAGCUGGAGAGUUCUGAGUCACGCCACAACGGGUCGCAGGCACUCCUCGCUGGAUGGGGAAGCAUUGACGAGGCGUGCCAGCAGUAUGAGUUUAUCCUCAAAGAGGGCGAUUCUCACAUUGUGGGCGGCGAGCCUUGCGCGCUGAGCGGCCAGUUUUUCAAUUGGACUGAACGUAUCUGUACCGAGCACAUUCAUGCCACAGACAAAGAUAUGGCAGGCGCUGGCUGUGGCGACAGCGGUGGGCCUUUGUUUGUAAUGGAGAGUGGCGAGUUGAUGCAGGUGGGGGUCGUUUCGUACACAGCAGCCGGCCGCGAUGUAUUCACCCGAGUGUUCACUUACCUGGACUGGAUCAAUGGCGUCAUGAAUUCACCACCAGCUGGUCAUAUGAUGGUCCCGCCAAGAUGCUAUGGUUCAUGCUGCGACGAUGGGGAAUACUUAGAUCGCUGGAGCGAAGAAUGCUGGACCUGGGGGAGCUAUGAUUGCGAUCCCGUGUUUGGCGGCCUGCCCAAUCAGGAGAGGGCUGAGCUGCUGGACAAGUGCAAAGCGACGAACCGGAGCUGCUGCGACACCGUCGGGUUCAGAACUGGCCAAGGGCACACGUGCACUCAGUGGGCAGGCUUCGACUGCACCACAGCUACAUCUCAGUACGGCUACCAUCCUGUAGACAUGGCAGAUCUUCUGGAAAACUGCCCUUUCAGCUGUGGCACGUGCCGCGGUGGUACGGACUGCACAGACACGGCCUACUUCAGGGACCCUUACGGAUACAGGUGCGAUGGAUGGAAGGGGUACGACUGCACGCAGGCCGUGGAAGUCUUUUCCUAUGCCCAAGAGGUCGAAGACAUGCUGCACACCACCCUCAUCAGCUGUCACCGUGACGACUUCAACAGCAAGCACCUCAUCCAGCUCUACCGCCGCCACCAGCACCAUGACGACUUCAACUGCAAGUGCCUCAUCCAGCUCUACCGCCACCCACACCACAACGACGGUGACGACUGCUUCUACGGAGAUGUCAGGAGCAUUGAGAUUCAGAGGUUCUUUGCCUCACCCCUGGACGGUGAGGCUUUUCCCGCAGUGCCCUUCCGCGCCUUGAAUCGCCGGAGAGAUCUCGAGAUCCAGACAACCAUGGUCCAGUUGGGUACGCUAGCCCUGCGGGCAACCAUCCACGUGUUGUCUCGGCCGGGAGAUCAGCUGCUGGUGUACCAUGUGCGAAACCCUGGAAGGUAUGGCGCGUUGGAUGAGUUUGAGUUCGACAACUUGCAGAAGCGGCUGUCAGAGGAGCUGGAGGGAGCUCGUGGCCUUCGCAUCCUGUCACAGCAGAAGUCUGGCGAAAUGGAUGAGGAGAUCCGGAUGGCGUUGUCAGGCCUGGGUCUGUCCGGCGGGGAGAUCGAGGAAGAGCUCGGCCGGGCCGAGUUCCACGCCUUGGUGGGCGAGCUCCAGGAAAGUGGCCGCGAGGUGCCCGGAGUUGUUCCUUUUGGUCGUCGGGGCAUGCAGUUGGAGCAGCUGCGUGCCAUCGGCGAGGCAUGUGGCUGUGGCCACCAUGACGGAUGGUUGGCGAAAGAGUGCAGAAAAAGCAGCACAGCCGGUGAGGAGAUGAAGGAAGACCUGUAUGCCUUGGAUCGCUUCUUCGUGAGACCUGUCACGGCUGGCCUCAAUGACGAGUCUGCUUGGCCCGUUCUCGUCAUUCCGUUGGAUGUGCUGACGACAGCGGUGAUCCCGGGACGACAGCAGGAAAGUAUAUCCUUUUCUCAACUGAAGAACCCAAUCGGCUUGCACUGUGAUUACUUCGUGAGUCAUUCUUGGUCGCACCCAUUCGCGAAGACGCUGGUUGCCUUGGACUCCUGCGCCAAGUGCUGUCAAGCGGAAGUCCCGAAAGUGGCUUUUUGGAUAUGCCUCUUCGCCCUGAACCAGCAUGACCUAGCCGGCGAACUUUCUGGUUGCGAACUGGAGAGAACGCCCUUCGCAUACGGUCUUUCCAAGGCAGAGAAAGGAGCUGUCAUGGUGCUGGAUGAGGGAGUGGAGCCGUUCAGGAGAAUCUGGUGUUUGUACGAGGUGCAACGCGCCUGGGAGCUCGGCAAGAACCUGCAGCUGAUUACGGACUGUCCCGAAGGCAGUGCCGAGGAGCUGGAAGUCUCAGGCCAGUUCGCGCUGACCGUCGCCGAGGAGCUUCAGAACCUUAGCGCCUUUGAUGCGCGGUCAAGUGAUUUGAGUGACAAGAUCAGCAUUUGGCACAAAAUCAUGAACGCGUCGGUGAAAGCCGCCUUUCCCGUUGACAUCUUUCGCACACACUUUGCGACAGGAGUAUGCAGUAUCCGUGGCUUCGGCAAAGCGUGGUUUACUGAGUUUGAUGCAGGUGUUUGCAGACUGCUGGCAACACCCGUUUUCAAUUUCAGCAUGUCCCAAGCGGACCACGAAAUAGCCUUGAGAUAUCUUGGACUGGGCGCCCAGUGUUCGCUGGACGAUUUGGAACGCCUUUCCAAAGGCAUUGCUGCCGCAGAUCUGCCGCCCCUGUACCAGGCUUGGAUUACAAAUCCCUCCUGCGGUCUCUGCCAGCUGACUCACGUCUACGCUCACUUUGGAAGUUGUGACCUCUUGGAGUAUCUCUUCAAAAGGCACGCGGAUCCUACACAGGAGACGAAAGAUGUGAAAUACCGGCAGCCACUACACUUCGCAGCGAAAGCCGGCCAUCUUGAUUGCACCAGGCUCCUGCUUCAAUUCCGGGCGGAGGCCCACUGCUGUGACAAGAGGGGGGAGACACCGCUGCAGAUUGCAGCAUACGGAGGACAUCUUGCAGUAGCCGAAGAGCUCCUCGAGUCAAAGGCACUUGCCAACUCCUCGGAUGGCGAUGGUUGGACGCCCCUGAUUUGCGCAGCCAGGGCCGGGUACGAGGAGCUGGUGGAGCUGCUCAUCACUCACAGGGCGAAUCUGAGAGCCGUGGACGGCGCCGGGCGCUCUGCCCUCCAGCAUGCCCAACUGGCUCAGCAUGCUCAGGAAGGCCAAAUAGCAGAGGAAGAUGAGGAUGAGGAGGAGUUGCCGGAGGUGGAUUACAGCUCUGCGAAUGGCCGCCUGCUCAUGACAGUGCAUCAAAAGGAGAAAGCCGAAGCCAUCAAAAUUUCCCGUAUGAUCGUGAACUUUGCUGCGAUCUCGGGAGCGGAUGUCCUCGUGAUGGGGAGCACCGGCCGCAAGGACACGGGCUCCGCAAACUUCCAGAGAACCACGCUGGGAUCGUCAGCUCACUUGGCGGCUCUGGAGGUGAGGAUCUACACGACUUGA